AACGAGUAUAUUCAUACUUUGCUUGGACAUAGCUUAAAUAUAAUAAUAUAUUGGUAUACUUAAGUCUUAAGUCAUGUAAAAACACUCAACAGCCUGCAGCAUCAGCUGGUGGAGAAGAGACCGAUCGUCUUUGGACAACGCAUUCCCUCCGAAAUCUGUAAUCAUAAAUUGUUGUCUGGGAGUUGCUAGCUUCAUACACGUACAUUUUAGAGGUUUUUCGAUUUUCAAAAAUUAAUAACAGAUAAAACGCCGAAUUAAGGAAUACAAAUAUUAUUAAGUAUAUACAUAAUAAUAAUAAAUAAUUAAUUUGUUUUGACAAUGGUGCGUAAAACUUCGUUAACAAGUAGUGAUGUAAUUAAAUAAAAUUUAAUUAUAAAUUUAAUUUUAUUAAAUCGUUAACAACUUAUUGAAAACGGAAAACUCAAAAUUUGUAUUCAAACUGAUUUUUCAUUUCGUUUUUUCAAACUUCAUCGACGAUUUUUUUUGGAAAGAAACUGGAUAAGAUGUUAAAUCAAAAAUAUCUUUAAAAAAAAAACAUGAAUCAACAACUGAUCAUGAUACUGCUAAAAUAUUACUACUGAUAUACUAUAUCAUAUAUUACUGAUCAUGACAACAUAAUAGAUUCAAUUUUUAAUUUUAUUUUUAAAUCCUAGUUAAAUAUGCGCCGAAGUUUAGCGCCCAGUCAAGCAAGUAAACGGCCUUUAAGUGACUCAAAUGAAUCUACCAAGUGUAAGAAAUUUACAGGCUCUACAAUAUCUCAACAAUCAACAAAUGAUGAUGAAAAAUGUGCAUUACAAAUAUCUGUAUAUGAACAAAAUAUAAGAAAUAUAUUAGCCAAACCAUUUAAAGUUCCAAUUGCAAAUUGGUCAGGAAGCAGUUUAAGCAGAGCUUUAGGUGUUCGUCGUGAUGGAGUCCGGCGCCCUUUGCAUGAUCCUACUGCACCCGAUGCACUAAUCUUAUACACACCACCACAGAUAAGUGCUCAUGAACUGUUGAAAAUAGAAAAGGAUAAGGUACAAGUCCAUGUUGUUGUAGAUCCGGCUUUAUCAAAAAUACUGAGACCUCAUCAAAGAGAAGGGGUUAAGUUCAUGUACGAGUGUGUGACUGGAGUGCGAAUAGAAAAUGCAUAUGGGUGCAUCAUGGCAGAUGAAAUGGGUUUGGGUAAAACCCUUCAAUGCAUCACUUUGAUGUGGACAUUAUUAAAGCAAGGACCUGAUGCUUCUCCUACAAUAUUUAAAGCUAUAAUUGUCACACCUAGUUCUUUAGUAAAAAAUUGGUGUAAUGAAAUAAAGAAAUGGUUGGGAGGUCGUAUCGGAGCUUUACCAGUGGAUGGGGGUGGCAAAGAACAAGUAGACAAACUAAUUAAUGGAUUUGUUCAAGCGAGAGGUCGUCGAACAACGGAUCCAAUAUUAGUAAUAUCUUAUGAAACUUUUCGGAGUCAUGCAAACAUGUUACAAAAUGCUGAUGAUAUUGGGCUUGUGUUAUGCGAUGAAGGACAUCGAUUGAAAAACUGUGAAAACCAAACUUAUCGCUCUUUAAUGUCAUUGAAAGCAAAACGAAGAGUACUGUUAUCUGGCACUCCUAUACAAAAUGAUUUGCUGGAAUAUUUUAGCUUAGUACAUUUUGUCAAUGAAGGAAUUUUAGGGACUGCACAAGAAUUUCGUAGACAAUAUGAAACACCCAUUGUUCGUGGCCAAGACUCUUGUGCUACUGACUCUGAGCGACAAAAGGCCAGAGAACGUUUGGAGCAAUUAAUAGCAUUAGUAAAUCGAUGUCUAAUUCGAAGAACGUCGGCGUUGCUUUCAAAAUACUUACCAGUCAAAACCGAACAUGUUGUAUGCGUUAAAUUAACACCUUUACAAAUUGAUUUAUAUCAGCAUUUACUGAAAUCAGAUAUGGUUACUAAAUCAAUUAAAAGUGAGGAAGGUAAAGUCACUACUAAUGCCUUAGCUGCAAUAACAUUGUUGAAAAAACUGUGUGCACAUCCAGAUCUUAUUGUGGACAAAGUGAUGAACGGAACUGAUGGAUUUGAAAAUGCCAAACAAUUGCUGCCAGCAACAUAUGUUGCUGCUCAGUCAAAAAAUCGACUGAUGAUUGAAUUAUCAUCUAAAUUAAUGGUUCUGGACACUAUGCUAGCUGUUAUAAAAUCAACAACUACCGACCGAGUAGUACUUAUAUCUAAUUAUACUCAAACAUUGGAACUAUUUGAACGACUAGCUAAACUACGCAACUAUACGUUUGUUCGAUUAGAUGGAUCUAUGACUGCUAAAAAAAGAGCAAAAGCUGUUGAUGACAUAAAUAGCCCAACAAGUGGUACGUUUUUAUUUAUGUUGAGUUCAAAAGCCGGAGGCUGUGGUUUAAAUUUGAUUGGUGCCAAUCGUUUAGUUAUGUUCGAUCCAGACUGGAAUCCCGCUAAUGAUGAUCAAGCAAUGGCUAGAGUAUGGAGAGAUGGCCAGAAAAAACCUUGUUUCGUUUAUAGAUUUUUAGCAACUGGAACUAUUGAAGAAAAAAUGAUGCAGAGGCAAGCACAUAAAAAAGCAUUAAGUUCGAGUGUAGUUGACUGUGAAGAAGAUGUUGCUAGGCAUUUUACAGCCUCUGAAUUACGCGCCUUGUUUUUCCUCCGUCAAGACACUAUUAGUGAUACACAUGACAAAAUAAAAUGUACUCGUUGUGUAAACAAUAUUCAAACAAAAGGACCUCCAGUCGAUAGUGACUGUACCAAUGAUUUAUCAUGUUGGCAUCAUUGUGCAGACAAAAGAUGGUUAGUUGAUCCAGUUCUCAAACAAUGUUGGAGUGCAGGAAUCAGUAUGGUGUUUUACCAUCAUUCUACAGUGCAUAAAGAGAAAGAAAUCGUUAAAGAAGAAACCGAACAAACUGACACAUGCAAUGAAGCAGAUAACGAUGUUACCUAAUAAUUUAUUUAUCUUUUAUCUUGAUGUGUUGAUUAAAUUAUUCGCAUUUAUUUCUCAUUUUAUUUUAUUAAAAAGAUUUUGUACCUAUCUGUUAUAUUAUAAAAAUAUU